AAAAUGAAACUGUCAAAAACAGCUGGAGCACAGAAUGGAAUUAAUUAAAGCAAUUGCUCUGGUGAACAAUUACACAGCAAACAACCGAUAGAGCAGUCAAUCCACACACACUCAGUUUGUAACAAAACAGAAAAAAUAAAAUAGGCAAAAUGCGACUGCAACAGUUACUGAGUGUGCGUAAAAUGACAACUUCAGUGAACUUAUCAGCGCUCCGCCUUAAAUACCGUGAGAAGAAAGAAGUUUUUCUGGAAGAAAAUAUCAAAGUAAAGCAACCCAUAAAGCUAUUCCGCGAGUGGCUAGAGGAAGCGGUGAAAACCGAGGAGCUGCUCGAACCAAAUGCCGCUUGCCUAGCAACAGUAAACAAAGACGGCAAGCCCUCUAAUCGCUUCGUGUUACUAAAAGAUGUCACCGACGACGGUUUUCGUUUUUUCACCAACUAUGGCAGUCAUAAGGCUCAAGACAUUGAUGAUAAUCCAAACGUAGCUAUGACACUUUAUUGGCUGCCACUACGCCGUCAGAUACGUAUUGAGGGCGUGGCAGAGAAGAUAUCCAAAGAAGAUUCACUCACUUAUUUUCAUCAACGUCCGCGUGCAUCUCAAAUUGGUGCCUUGGCUAGCGAACAAAGUUCGCGUAUACCAUCCCGUCAGCAUUUGGAUGAAAUCGAGAAGGAAAUCAAAAACAAAUUGGGAUCAGAUGGCGAAGUGCCGCUGCCCAAUUGGGGUGGUUAUCUAAUACGACCGCACACCAUUGAAUUUUGGCAGGGACAAACCGAUCGCUUACACGAUCGCAUACAAUUCCGCCGUGGACCGGAAAUUGAGAAGGAAGUUGAUGAUAAGUUGACACAUAAAGGUGAAGACGGUUGGGUCUACGAGCGAUUGGCACCAUAGACGUGACGCUGGAUGUGGACUAGUGCUGUGAUGUGAGGCUAGACUCUAGCCAAGAAAACGAAUUUUUGUUUUUCUACUAAAAUAAUUUGUAUAUUUAAAAUUAGAAAGUAAUGUGAAUAAAAUGAGGCACAAUUCUAUACAAAUCA